AUCAGAUAAAAAGAGAGGGAGAGGGAAGAGUUAGGAUCUUCUCUCCGUCUAUUUCUCUUUUCCUUUUUCGAAAUAACAUCACAUCUGCAUGAGGAGAAAUAAAUUUCAGACAACUAAGGAACAGCCAAAAAGACGAAUUUUGGAAGAAAACCAAACAAAUCAUUUACAGUUUGAACGAACAAUUCUGCACGGCGCUGCACAUGGAGCUAGUGAAGAAUAAUCUUCACAAAAUUACAAACAUUCCUUGAAAACGACUGUCAUUUUCGUUUCUACUAGAUGAUUGUAAGGUAUGAAAAAGUUGAGUGGCCCUUAUGUUUUCUAGAAGAUCAACACUUGCUUUAUUCAACAGAAUCUGAAUGGUGAUUCAUUAAUUGAAUAGUGAAGAAAAAGUUGUGAGGUGGUGAAGAAAAAAGAAGCAAAAGAUAUACAGUCUAGGUCAUAGUACACUGAUUUCUUUGUAUAUGGUCUCAUCUUAUAUAUGUUCUUUAGAGUUCGGUUUGUGAAGAAGGGGAAAAGGUGAAGAUGGGAGCAGCCAAUGAGGAGGAACCCAUGCAAGGGCCAAGCAGCAAUGUGGAGAGAAUUUUUGUUUCAGUUCGAUUGCGGCCUUUGAAUGAGAAAGAAAUUGCAAGAAAUGAUGCGUCAGACUGGGAAUGCAUCAACGAAACCACUAUCAUAUACAGGAACAAUCUUUCAGUUGCUGAACGGUCCAUGUAUCCAACUGCCUAUACAUUUGAUAGAGUGUUUAGCCAUGAUUGCACUACAAGGAAGGUGUAUGAGGAAGGAGCUAAGGAGGUUGCUCUUUCAGUAGUCAGUGGCAUAAACUCAAGUGUUUUUGCUUAUGGGCAAACAAGCAGUGGAAAGACGUACACGAUGACUGGAAUUACUGAGUACAGCAUGGCAGAUAUAUAUGACUACAUAGAUAGGCACAAGGAAAGAGAAUUCAUUUUGAAGUUAUCUGCUAUGGAGAUUUAUAAUGAAUCUGUUAGAGACCUUCUUAGUACAGACAGCAGUCCACUUAGAGUCCUUGAUGAUCCAGAGAAAGGAACUAUUGUUGAGAAACUCACAGAGGAAACUCUGAAGAACUGGAGUCAUUUUAAGGAGCUUCUAUCCAUUUGUGAAGCUCAAAGACAGAUUGGGGAGACUUCUCUGAAUGAAACAAGCUCCAGAUCUCAUCAGAUUUUGAGACUGACAAUGGAAAGCUCUGUACGUGAGUUCUUUGGCAAUGGUACUAGCUGCCUUGCAGCCACUGUGAACUUUGUUGAUCUUGCAGGAAGUGAACGUGCUUCUCAGGCUUUAUCAGCUGGCACACGAUUGAAAGAAGGUUGCCAUAUAAAUCGUAGUUUACUGACACUGGGAACUGUUAUCCGUAAGCUAAGCAAGGGAAGAAGUGGACAUGUUCCUUAUAGAGAUUCAAAGCUAACUCGCAUACUGCAGUCCUCCUUAGGAGGCAACGCUAGAACUGCCAUCAUCUGUACCUUGAGCCCUGCACGAAUUCAUGUUGAGCAAUCCAGGAAUACCCUCUUGUUUGCAAGUUGUGCUAAAGAAGUGGCUACUAAUGCACAAGUCAACAUAGUCAUGUCUGAUAAAGCAUUGGUAAAACAUUUGCAAAGAGAAUUGUCUAGAUUGGAGAAUGAGUUGAGAAGUUCAGGAGCAACUUCUAAUAUAUCUGAUUCUGCUGCAAUUCUGAGAGAAAAAGACAUUGAGAUAGAAAAGCUAAAAAGAGAAUUAAGUGAGAUGACUCUGCAACGAGACUUGGCUCGCGCUGAGGUUGAGGAUCUACUACAAGAGGCCAGAAAUAGAUCAAAUAAUACACCUCCAAUUGUGGUAUAUGCAGGUCUUGAUCAUCAGUACCCAAAAUUGCGAGUGCGAAAUUCAUUGGAUUCUCCAACGUCGGAGACGCCUGUUCUUGGGGACCCUCCCUAUCUAGAUAUCAGUGUUAGAUCUUCUGAUGCAUCUCAGUCCCCAAAUGGAUACAGCAGGAGUAGUUCCGCUGACAACGACUUCCAAGAGAAUUCCCCUGGCUCUUGUUCCUUUCAAGAGGGCAAAGUCACUGUUCCCAUCUUCGUUGGAAUUGAUUUGUCUCAGGAGAACAUUGAAGCAGAAAUUGACGAAAAUGUAGAGGAUCUUUACAAGGAUGUUCGAUGCAUUCAGACAGAAGAAAGCUUAAGUAGAUAUGCAGACUCAAAUGUUUCAGAGUCUAGCAUUAAUAGAUAUAGAGAUUCGAAUGUGACAUUUGUUGAAGUGAACCCAGCUAUCUCUGGAUUGACUGAGACUGAGAAUGAAGAAGUGAACCCAGCUACCGCUGGAUUGAAUGAGACUAAGAAUGAGAAUGAAGAAGUGAAACCAGCUACCUCUGGAUUGACUGAGACUGAGAAUGAAGAUAGAGAAAAGAGAGAGUGGAGGUCGCUGACCUUGAAAGAAGAGAGAGAGUGGAAGAACGUCCUUCCAGAUUUUGUUUUUCCAACUCCCAAAAAACCAUCUCCACUGCUGCUGGAAGAAGACAUGAGUAACUCUAGCAUGUUCAAGUUAGGAAGGAGUAGCAGUUGUAAAGCGAGGCUCAUGACUAGUGUGUCCUUAUAUCCAUUUGAGAGUGACGAAAAGGAUAAUAAGACACCUCCAAUUGGAAUUGAGAAGGAUUACGCUGGAAGACCCAGGAAUCUACAAAGGAAAUUUCCUCCACUGAAAUAUGCUGUUGACUCUGAGAAUUUGUCAAGAGAUGGAUCUCAGACUUCUGCCAGAAGUGGAGCUUUUGAUGAGCUUAUUGCACAGAAUGUUGAAAUUCCAGAUGGUGCAGAAAGUUCCAGUGUCAGCACCUCAAUUUUGCCUAAGGAGGAAUCCACUGAUCCUCAGGAUGAGAAGCAACUUGCAGAUCAUGAAGACGCAGAAAAAAAGCCCAUUGAACCUGCAAAGAGUGUGAGAGAUGUUGGCUUGGAUCCAAUGGAAACUGAACUGAUAGACCCUUGGAAGUGGCCUGAAGAAUUCGAGAGACUCCGAAGAGAGAUCAUUGAACUUUGGCAUGAUUGUAAUGUCUCACUGAUUCACCGGACCUACUUCUUCCUUGUAUUUAAAGGAGAUAAAAAAGAUUCGAUGUUCAUAGAGGUAGAGCACAAGAGGUUGUCCUAUCUCAAGGAAACAUUUUCAAGGGGUAAUGAAUGUGUAGAAGAUGGUAAAACUGUGACACGUGAUUCAAGCUUGAAGGCACUACAAAAAGAGAGGUAUAUACUUAGCCAAAAAAUGAAGAAGAAGUUCUCCAAGGAACAGAGACAGAACCUAUUCCUGAAAUGGGGUAUUGGGUUGCAAACAAAGCACAGGAGAUGGCAGUUAGCCAAUCUCUUAUGGAGUGACGCAAAAGACUUGAACCACGUUGCAGAAAGUGCUUCUGUUCUUGAGAAGCUGAUUACUUUUGCAAAGCCGGAGCAGGCUUUCAAGGGGAUUUAUAGUCUCAACUUCGGAUCACACCCCUUAAAGAAGAAGUUUAAACUUUGGAGAAGCAAUGUUGUGAAGUCUCUCUUGUAAGGUGAUUGCUGAUCAGCAUAUAGGGAAUGUUUCCUGCCCACUUCUUGAUUUCUUAAUCUUCACUGAUUUUUUUGUAUUGUAUUUUCUGGUUCUGAUGCAGUUGGUUUGUGAAAAAGUUUGUAAAUCUCGUUCUACAAAAUGAUGUAUAAUUUCAAAGCUAAUAUCUCAAACUGAGAUUUUCCUUUU